CAUUGCCUCGAGGUCAGCUGACUUCCGUCCCGCUUACCACAAACGCUGCUAGUGUUGGCUGCUGCGCGCCUGGCAACGCCCAAUGUUUGCGUCGUCUCAUCUCUGGAGGAAACCUGCACAGCCUGAGGUGAAGGGUACACAACAGUAUGGAAUCGCCCAACGAAGCUCGACCACCGCCUCCUUCCUGGAUCAAUCAAAAAUUCAUAGAAUCUGUAAUGAUAAAUAAAACUGGAAAAGAAGUAUCUGUAGAUUCAAUUAAAGUACAGUACGCUUGUCCGGAAGGAGUUGGCUAUACAAGUUUGCUGUUCAGAGUAACUGUCCUUCUGAAGGGGGAAGACAACGAAGAAGAGGCGAAAAAGGAAUCACUACUAGUCAAAACGGUUCUUGAUUUUGGUCCGAUGAAGGAACUGAUGGAAAAUUGUCAGGUGUUCAGAAUAGAGACGCAGAUGCUGCAUGAGGUGCUGCCGCAGAUCCACAAAAUCUUGGCGUCGUUGGAGGGUGAGGACUUCCAGCUGCUGACAGCUCGCUGCUACGACUGGGGUCAGCAGCCGGCAGACUUCCUUGUGUUGGAGGACCUGUCAACAGCCGGCUUCAGGAUGGCUGAGGGAGGUCGGCCUCUGGACUACCAGCACUGCAAGAUGGUCCUCCGAGCAUACGCCAGAUUACACGCCGCCUCGGCGUUUCUACUCGACAAACAGCCACAUUACAAGAGCGUGUUCGCUAGUAGUGCGUUCACAGACAAGCGUACUCAGGACUAUUUCAGAUCAAUAGGGUCUAAGAUCAUGUCUGCACUGGCAGAUGAACUGAACAAGUGUCCAGGGUAUGAAAAGUAUUCUGAAAAAUUCCGGGGAUUUAUAGACCGAUAUGGUGACAGUAUAUUCGAAUUAUUUGAGCGAAUGAAGGAGGAGACCAAGCUACAUGUACUGGUCCAUGGUGACUGCUGGAAGAACAACGUGAUGUUUAAGUACGUGGAGGGAGCACUGUCAGAUGUCAGACUUGUUGACUUUCAGGUGUCAUACGUGACCAGCCCGGCCUCGGACCUGCAGUACUUCCUGUACGCGAACGCCAGUGAGGGGGUCCAUCGCCACCAUAUGGAUGACCUUCUGUGCGAGUACCACAACACGCUGUCGGGCAUCCUACGGUGCCUGGGUAUGCAGCAGGAAGCUGAGGUCUUCACUUUAGAGGAGCUGAAACGGGACAUGGACCGCUGUCUAGUUAUGGGAUUUCUCUUCAGCUGCAUGAGCGGCUUUGCUCUGACUUCUGAAAAGUACGGUGUAGAAUACGUGAAGGCAUUCAACGACCCAGAGCACGCCGACGAAGCUCUCGCUAAGAUCUUCAAGAAUCCUUAUUCGUUAUCCUACAUGAAAUACCUGACGCCAAUUUUUGACAGUAAAGGAAUUUUAUGACAAUUUGUAGCACGUAUAGCUAUUAAGAUUCAAAUAAUCUAACAGUUUUUAAAUUUCUGUCUUAGACGUUCUUCUAUCUCACUGUAGGCUAUGAGUAAGUGGAUAUGAUGUCUUGCAGAGGCGUGCCUACUGUGUUACGUGAUUAAUUCGCAUUUAUUUCUUGAGGAUUUGUAUAUAAGUAGUAGGGCAACUCUUGUACUCCAAAAGCCCUUUAAAAUAUGCUUGGUAUGUUUUUAUUCCAUGGGUUAUAUUUGAAUAUACUGAUAUCGAGAGAGUUCUGGAUGAAAUAAUUACAAACGUUGCUAUCAUUUACGAAUCCUUCAACGGUUGUCGAAAAGAUAUUGUCGCCAUUUCUUAUGCUGGUGAGCACUGGUACAACAGUAAUCGUAUACAGAGUAACAGAAUAAAUCUCAUGUUGUACGUCAAUCAUUCAAAGCGAAAGUUAGGGAGAGUGUUGUACCUGGAGGAUAGUGUAUCUAGGAACACGUCCUGGUCGGCGGUUUAAUCUAGUGACUGAGUUUAGAAACCGAAGGACUGUGCACUAGAAACCGUCAUAAAUGUUUCCGGCAUUUUCCACUGUUCUUGUUAUCGUGAGACAUGAGAUUGUGCUCUGUAUGCAGCGUUUAUAAAUAUUAAGAAUUCUACAUAUUUGUGGGCGUAAUACAUAUUAAAGCUAUUUAAUGGCUAUUGUUAAUUCGUUAACAGAGUUCUACACUGAGUAAAAUUCUGUAUAUUUUCAAAACCAGUCAUGUAACGUGUGGACAGUGAAGCCGUACAUAGUAGGUCGUGCACCAUCUUGUACCUUGAAACGUAAUAAGAUCUUCUAUCAUGGAAAAGUGGUAUUUGUAAAUGAAUGGAGUUCGUAUCGUGUCUUAUCAAUCUUCAUUCUCUUGAAAAUGGAAAUCUAUGUUCGCUGCCAAUAGCUUCUGUUUCAACAUAUUAUUAAAUUAUAACUAGUUCCUACUAAUACUUCUUAAUUUGAUUUCACUUACAGAUUAUUGAUGUGAAGUAGAGAAAUAAUGUAACAUAAAGACUAUUGAAAACAGUAUUGACAAGACCUUCCCGACUGAAACACUUUUAAAUUUGAAUAGAAUAUUUGGUCCUUGGAUACAUCACCAUGUUGUACCUUGGAACAGUGUUUUAUGUUUAAACAAAAGUUAUUUUUCCGGAGUAAUUAUUUUUAAUUUCAGAAAAAAUGCAGGACAUAUAAACUGAAUGCUAUCAUUUCAUAAUGGAAUAAGAAAAUAUAUCAAACCUCUAUUACAGGGGUGACUGGAGGCGAAAGGCUGGAAUGUUCCAACGCGCAACACUGUCCCCUAUUGCUUAGCAGGCACAACAUUCACUGCCACCGAGUAACGAAGCCGGAACAAUACGGAACAGAAUUUCUGUUUUAAAUUAAAAUCCAUGAAUAGUUUUAGCCAGUUUCGGAUAAGCUGUGUACAGAGUAAAAGUGGUUGAUUUUGCCUACCUGUGGUAUCGUCGCAAAAUCGAGUGUCCAAUGCCGCCAUUUCCUCUUAAUGGCAGGAAGACAGUUUACGCCUGUCUUACACGGGGGCAAACAAAAGCGAGCAAGCAUCACUGAACCAAACUUCUCUUAACUUUAAAUGGUAAGCUAACGCGAGCGAACUGCAUUCGGUCGUGUUCGGUUCGCAUUCAUUGGAAUUCGCCCGUGUUCCGCUGGUUGCUUGUCUUAUAGCGAACCAUCAAAGGAAGUUCGCCUGUUCUUUGUUUCGGAGCUAGCAGUAUAGAAGAUUUUCGUCUGGUAUCUUGUCUACUUUUGUUGUUUACAUCAGUUGCGUGAGCGAUGGAUUGGUACGAAGAAAACAUGGCCUUCCUGAUAGAAAGGUAUAGAUAUCUUGGGAGCUUCUGGAACCCAAAUAAUCCACAGCACGAAAGCCCAAGGAAAAUAAAUAUGGCUGGUACAAAAUUUCCGAGGCACUCAAAGAUGCAAGAGGGGAGUUAAAAAUGGCUGUAAAUUUGUCAAUACCUGAAUAUGGUGGGAACGGAGUGAAUGAGCACUACCUUUGUAGCUCUUUUUAUCAAAGAGAAUAAAUGUAAUAAAUUUUCUUGAAGUAAACAAGUGCUAAUUUUGUAUCAAGUAUGCUAUUUCAAAUUAAAAAUAAAUUAAAAAUUAA